AAGAAAGCGAAGGAGAAUAUUCCGUUCGUCGGCGGCCGUCUUUCCCGCCCCCAAAUCAUACGAUCUAAACCCUAAACGCUCGAUUUCGUCACGAUUUGCUUCAAUCAACUUCACUACUCUGCUUCAAUGGACUCUCACUCUUCCCAUCUCAACGCGGCCAACCGUUCGCGCAGCUCUCAAACUCCUUCUCCUUCUCAUUCAGCCUCCGCUUCAGUCUCUUCUUCUCUCCACAAGCGCAAGCUCGCCGCCACCACGGCGGCGAAUGCAGCCGCAUCUGAAGACCACGCUCCUCCUUCUACCUCUUUCCCUCCUUCCUCUUUCUCUGCCGAUACUCGCGACGGUGCCUUGACUUCCAACGACGAACUCGAGAGCAUCUCAGCUCGCGGCGCUGAUACGGACUCAGACCCUGAUGAGUCAGAGGAUAUCGUCGUGGACGAUGAUGAGGACGAAUUUGCUCCCGAUCAGGAUCAGGACUCUUCCAUGCGCACUUUCACGGCCGCUCGACUCGAUUCCAAUUCAGGAGUCAAUGGUGGUUCGAGUCGCAACACUAAGCUGAAGACUGAGAGCUCCACUGUGAAGCUUGAGAGCUCUGAUGGCGGAAAAGAUGGUGGAUCAUCUGUGGUUGGGACUGGUGUGAGUGGAACCGUUGGAGGAAGCUCAAUCUCAGGGCUGGUGCCCAAGGAUGAGUCUGUUAAGGUACUGGCUGAGAAUUUUCAGACUAGCGGAGCUUACAUUGCGAGAGAAGAAGCUUUGAAGAGAGAGGAGCAAGCAGGAAGACUCAAAUUUGUUUGUUACUCAAAUGAUUGCAUUGAUGAGCAUAUGAUGUGCUUGGUUGGGUUGAAGAACAUCUUUGCAAGACAGUUGCCUAAUAUGCCCAAGGAGUACAUUGUUCGUCUUCUGAUGGACAGGAAACAUAAGUCUGUUAUGGUCCUAAGAGGAACUCUAGUUGUAGGUGGUAUCACGUAUCGUCCAUAUCACAGUCAGAAGUUUGGGGAGAUAGCAUUUUGUGCAAUCACAGCAGAUGAACAAGUAAAAGGGUACGGUACCAGACUGAUGAACCACUUGAAACAACAUGCACGUGAUGUUGAUGGAUUAACGCAUUUUCUUACUUAUGCGGACAACAAUGCUGUUGGUUAUUUUGUCAAGCAGGGUUUUACUAAAGAGAUUUACUUGGAGAAAGAUGUAUGGCAUGGGUUCAUUAAAGAUUAUGAUGGUGGCCUCCUAAUGGAAUGCAAAAUUGAUCCAAAGCUUCCAUAUACGGAUCUGUCAAGCAUGAUACGCCAGCAAAGAAAGGCAAUUGAUGAAAGGAUAAGAGAGUUAUCAAACUGUCAGAAUGUGUAUCCAAAAAUUGAGUUUCUAAAGAAUGAAGCUGGAAUUCCUCGAAAGAUUAUCAAAGUUGAGGAAAUACGUGGCUUAAGGGAAGCUGGUUGGACCCCAGAUCAGUGGGGGCACACUCGUUUCAAGUUAUUCAACUGUUCUGCAGAUAUGGUGACAAAUCAAAAACAGUUGAAUGCACUUAUGCGCGCACUUUUGAAGACAAUGCAAGACCAUGCUGAUGCUUGGCCUUUCAAAGAACCAGUUGAUUCUCGCGAUGUCCCUGAUUACUAUGACAUCAUUAAAGAUCCCAUUGAUCUGAAGGUAAUUGCAAAGAGGGUAGAGUCGGAACAGUAUUACGUGACACUCGAUAUGUUUGUUGCUGAUGCGAGACGGAUGUUUAACAAUUGUAGAACUUACAACUCCCCUGAUACCAUUUAUUACAAAUGUGCAACCAGGUUGGAAACACACUUCCAUAGCAAAGUACAAGCAGGUCUCCAGUCUGGUGCUAAAUCUCAAUAGAAGGUGGCAAAGUGAAAAAAAAAAGACAAUUUCUUAGACAAUUUUAUUGGGAGGUAGGGAAGCAACCUCCCAAUAUUCAAGUAUAUUGUUAAGUUAAUGUAUGUUGUAUAUUAAUUUGCAUACGAAUCUUUUAGGAAUACAAAUCUUCUCGCCAAGUUUCUCAUACUUCCAAUCA